CGCGCGCGGGGCCGGGCCACCAGCGCCGUCGCUGCAGCAGCCGCGAGAGGCGUCCGCGACAAGAUGAAGCUCAUCAUCCUGGACCACUAUUCUCAGGCCAGCGAGUGGGCGGCCAAAUAUAUCAGGAACCGCAUCAUUCAGUUUAACCCAGGGCCAGACAAGUACUUCACCCUGGGGCUCCCCACUGGGAGCACCCCACUUGGCUGCUAUAAGAAGCUGAUUGAAUACUAUAAGAAUGGGGACCUGUCCUUUAAAUAUGUGAAGACCUUCAACAUGGACGAGUACGUGGUUCUGGAUGGGAAUGCAGCUGACCUACAGGCUGAAUGCGACGCCUUUGAAGAGAAGAUCAAGGCUGCAGGUGGGAUCGAGCUAUUUGUUGGAGGGAUCGGCCCCGAUGGACACAUAGCCUUCAAUGAGCCGGGCUCCAGUCUGGUGUCCAGGACCCGUGUGAAGACGCUGGCCAUGGACACCAUCCUGGCCAAUGCUAGGUUCUUUGACGGAAAGCUCGCCAACGUGCCCACCAUGGCCCUGACGGUGGGCGUGGGCACCGUCAUGGAUGCUAGAGAGGUGAUGAUCCUCAUCACAGGUGCUCACAAGGCGUUUGCUCUGUACAAGGCCAUCGAGGAGGGCGUGAACCACAUGUGGACCGUGUCUGCCUUCCAGCAGCACCCCCGCACUGUGUUCGUGUGUGACGAGGAUGCCACCUUGGAGCUGAAAGUGAAGACCGUCAAGUAUUUCAAAGGUUUAAUGCUUGUUCAUAACAAGUUGGUGGACCCCUUGUACAGUAUCAAAGAGAAAGAAAUUGAGAAAAGCCAGUCUUCUAAGAAACCAUACAGCGAUUAGCCUGUGCUGGGACCUAGUAUCAAGUACCUCAUAGGGACAAGCAGGUCUUUCUGGAAAUUGUCUUUAGGAGAACAGAAUUGUAUUUCUUUAAUCCAGUGUGGUUACGUCAGAUAAGUGGAUGAACCUAUUGUUCUUGGAUUUCAGGCUAGGAGCCUAGUCAUGAAGUUUAGCUACAGGGAGAAUGAUUGUAACUUAAUCAGGGAAAAAAAAAAAAUCUCUGAAAAAUGUACGGUAUCAUUUCGAUGUCUGCCAAACCCGGGUUAGGAGUUUUUAACUGUUCGUUCUGCCUCAGCCACUGUUCAUAUGUACAACACACUCCAGUCAGAAAUUCCUGUCCUUAUGUGCACUGAUUCUCAAGUGGGAGGGAAUUAGGGGUCUGUGUAUAUUGAACACAACCUCUUUGGAGAGAGUCUUGGGAGCCCCUCUUAUACAGGCCUGCCCCCAUUUGAGAAUCAUUGUUCCAGAUUAAGGCACAGACUCUCUCAGUAUCUAAAAUAAGUGCAAGGAAGCAGUCUCUCUGGUCAGUAACAAGUGCCGUGGAAGACAAUAUCCUUGCAGCCGGCCCCUCAGUGAACUGGGAGGACUCCUUGGGGAAGGGUUUGGGUGGGUGGGGCCAAAGAGGUAGCUUUUGCUGAUAAACUCAGAGUCUCAAGGGGCCCAGCCACGUCAAACUUCUCUCCCUCAGGGACCCUCCAGCACCAUGAGGAGAAAGGUGGAAGCCCUUUUCCCACAAGAGCCCUGUGUUUGUGUCAGAGGUCUCACUGUGGCUCCUCUCUAACAUACUCACUAGUAAGUAGGAGGCCCACUGGGGCAGUAGACACUGCCAUGACUUCAGUGUUGUGUUCAGCCGGAGUGAGGUGAGUUUAGUUGCAACGCACGAGUGUCCUGCUCUGCUGCUUCCCUAAGAGUUGAGUGCCAAGACAACAUACCAAAUGCUUCUCAUGCUGUUUCCCCACUUAAAACACCCUGUUCUUGUAGCCCUCUUGGGCUCAUGUGGUAUGGCCUGAUGCUCUCAGAACAUCAGGAAAUACAAUCCUUUUGCCCAUCUGUCCUUCACCCGUGGCUCCCGAGAUGUGCUAUUCCUUUUACUCUUGGCCUUCCUUUUACUCUUAAGCCUUGGUGGAGUGGACGCUGCUGCCUCCUCCCUGAUUUGGUGCCUGUUUGAAGCUACUGCUGCCUCUGAUUCUGGGAAAGAUCUUUCAGAGCCUGGCUUAGGUCUCUCUGUAAGUGUUGUGUUUGGUACCAGUGUUUCGUCUGUAGCUUUUAUAUGUAAUUGUGCUGGCAGUCUGUUUUAAGCUAAUGGUUCAAUGGACUUGUUUAUA